GGCUACCUCAAACCCCAACAGCCUGGCCUGUUACCCAGCUCUCAACCUGCAUUUGCUCUUUGUCCUCUUCAGACGCCACCAUGGGGCUCAGUGAUGGGGAAUGGCAGCUGGUGCUGAAGGUCUGGGGAAAGGUGGAGGCUGACCUCGCAGGCCACGGGCAGGAAGUCCUCAUCAGGCUGUUCAAGGGCCACCCUGAGACCCUGGAGAAGUUUGACAAGUUCAAGCACCUGAAGUCAGAGGAUGAGAUGAAGGCCUCCGAAGACCUGAAGAAGCAUGGCGUCACGGUGCUCACUGCCCUGGGUGGCGUCCUGAAGAAGAAGGGGCAUCAUGAGGCGGAGAUCAAGCCCCUGGCCCAGUCCCAUGCCACCAAGCACAAGAUCCCCAUCAAGUACCUGGAGUUCAUCUCGGAAGCCAUCAUCCACGUUCUGCAGAGCAAGCACCCUGGGGACUUCGGUGCCGAUGCCAAGAGCGCCAUGAGCAAGGCCCUGGAGUUGUUCCGGCAUGACAUCGCUGCCAAGUACAAGGAACUGGGGUUCCAGGGCUAAGCCCUGCCACCUCCAGCCCACUGGCAUCCCCAGGCCCAGGGCUGGUGGGGACCGAAUGUUCCGUAGACAUGUAGAGUGUGCAGUGUGUCCUAGUUUAGCAGAGGUGGGAGGAGGAGCACUGGGCUCCAGUCACACACCUGGGGACAGGGCUCCCCUGGAAUGUCACCACCUCAGGGUCUGGGGGGCACAUGGCCCUCUGCUCUCUGGAGUUCGGUUCGGGUCCUACCCCAUUCUCCAAUCACCUAAAUCCCAACCUAGGUCCUUCUGAUCUCAAACUGGCCCCUCCUUUACCCUCACCUUUCACCCCAAAUCUAAGCCACUCACCAGCAUCAUCCUCUGACCCCUCAACUCCUGGGAGAUAGCACAGUGUCCCUUUGCCAUGUGGUAGAGGUAGCAGGCUGUAGGAGGGAAGUGGUCAGGCAUCUGGACCGAGCACGUGCUUUCUCAAGUACUGAGGUGACUCACCUGGAUUUAAUAAAUGGCUUGCAACUUC